GUGUGUGUGUGUGUGUGUGUGUGUGUGUGUGUUCCUGCCUGCCUGCCUGCAGACUAUGUGAAGGGCUUCGGGGGAAAGUUUGGAGUGCAGACGGACCGACAGGAUAAGUCUGCGCUGGGAUGGGACCACCAGGAGAAACCCCAGCUCCACGAGUCCCAGAAAGACUAUAAGCGUGGGUUUGGAGGGCAGUAUGGGGUAGAGAAGGAGAAGCAGGACCAGUGUGCUCUGGGCUAUGAGCACAAGGAGGGCCUGGCUAAGCACGAGUCCCAGAAAGAUUACUCUAAAGGAUUUGGAGGUAAAUUUGGAGUCCAGAAUGACCUUAUGGACAAGAGCGCCGGGACGUUUGAGGACGUGGAGAAGGUGACCUCGUCUUACCAGAAAACCAAACCCGUGGAGGCUGCCGCCAACAGCACGGGAAGCAUCAAGGCUCGCUUCGAGAACAUCGCCAAGCAGAAGGAGGAGGAGGACCGGAAGAGGGCCGAGGAGGAGCGAGGCCGUCGGCAGGCCAAGGAGAAGCAGGAGCAAGAGGAGGCGCGCCGUAAAAUCGAGGAGACAGCCAAGGCCCCCUCUCCCGUCCCCGCUGCUGCAAGUCCCAGUCCAAGUCCCAGUCCCACUCCGACCCCACCAGUCCAGCCAGCUGCCGCCCCGGCAUACCAGAAGACGGCGGAAGCUGAGGAGAACAGAGAGCAUCUGUACGAGGCGGUGCCUCCGAACCAGGAGGAGGACCUGUACCAGAACCCCGAAGAGACCAGCCCACAAGCAGGCGACCAGUACGAGUCGGGCGGCGAAGACAUCGGGGUGACAGCGGUGGCUCUGUACGACUACCAAGCAGCCGGCGAAGACGAGAUAUCCUUCGACCCCGACGACAUCAUCACCAACAUCGAGAUGAUCGACGAGGGCUGGUGGAGAGGCGUGUGCAGAGGCGCCUACGGCCUUUUCCCCGCCAACUACGUGGAGGUUCGACAAUGAUGAAAAGAGGAAGGAGACGAUUUCAAAUCCACACUUUGGUCUUUUCUCUCUUCAUCUCGGUGUGAGACGUCCUCAGGUCUCCUAGCCUCCUUUCCUUUGCUCCUUUUUCCUCAUGGCUCUUCUGUCUUGUCCUCUUUCGGAUCACUUAGUUUCUCUCCGUGUAGCAGAUGGAGUUACCUUAGAAUCAUUUUCUGGGCUUUGCAGUAGUUAAAGAUACAAAAUGUGACGUGGACGUUCUGAGUUCACUUCCUGCCUCGCAGCCACAAGUUGCAUUUUGGAUAAUAUAUUCAAAUCAACUUCAGGUAUCGUUGCUUCUUCACAUGUUAGAGGAUGUUUAGUCUCGACCAAAGACCAGAGUAGUGACAGCAAAAGAGAUUGAAAUGUCUCGACUGAGCUCCGACUGCUCCGUUUAGUAGCUCCACCUUAACGUAAGCAGCAGUUUAAGGUGGAUCACGAUGUUCAUCCCACUGUGGACCAAAAAGCUGCUUCGCUUCCUCGGCCUGUCUGCCUAACGUCCGCUGUGUUGCGCAGGAGUUUAAAUCCCUCCUCGCUUCUCGAUGAGAAGAAUUCAGUGAAAGCUUCGUGUCGUACGAAUCUCCUUUUUCUGAUUUUAUAAAUGAUCAAAAAUAAGCUUUCCUGCUUUUUGCAGAUGUUCAUUCACAGAGUUACGAGGCCAUAAUACUAAAAUACUACAGCUCAUAGUAUUACUUUAAUCAUCUCCGUACGUUCUACUGGUUAAGUGUUGAUAUCAUGCUGAGUUAGAUGUACAGAGAGAGAUCAGGAUUCAUGACGCUUUGACAAAUGAUAGAUUUGAAGACAUGUUUUUGUUUCCCAGCGCCGAGGCUGAAAUGUUGAGGGAAUUCUCCAAACACUAAGGGUUCUAACAAACUGCUCGUCUGUCUGUCUGUCUGAGUGACGUCAUUAGAUUCAUCUUUGGGGUUUUGUAUUCAAUCAAUUUAAAAAGUGACCUUUUCAAAUACAUUAUUUUUAUCUGUACUUCUGUUUGCUUAAGUCACAUUACCUGCUUUUUUUUGUUUCAAUAAAUAAACUAUGAAUUAUUA